UUAAAAAGUUACAAAUUAGUGUUUCAAUAAUGCCUAUUGGAAAAUUAGAACCAUUCGAUGUGAAUUCUAAGCAGUGGCCGGCGUAUAUUAGAAGAGUAAAACAAUACAUUGUGCUAAAUGAGAUUAAAGAGGAACUGCAUGUACCGUUAUUAAUAACGGUUGUAGGAGAGGCUACCUAUGCAUUAAUGUGCGAUCUAUGUUCGCCGGCACUUCCCGAAACGAAAAACUUCGAUCAAUUGGUAAAACUAUUAUCCGAUCACCUAGAACCACAACGCUCAGAAAUAGCCGAACGCCACGUGUUUCGGUUACGUAGACAACGCCCCGGCGAGCCUCUCAUGGAUUAUCUUCACAACCUUAAACACCUGGCAACAACAUGUAAUUUUGGGAGUACGCUGGAAGAAAACCUACGAGAUCAAUUUGUGUCUGGAUUGGUCAAUGAAGUGAUGCGGUCUAGAAUAUUCGCGGAGAGAAAUAUCAAAUUUAAGGAGGCGGUGGAGUUGGCUCUGGCGCUGGAGGCUGCAGAGAAGCACGCGGAGGUGAGCGGGGCGACGUCGGUCCCGACUACGGCCUCGUGUGCAGGCGGCGAGGGCGCAGAAGCCCUGCAUCAGGCGAGCGACCGGCGCGGCCCGGCGCGGCGGCCCUCGGCGGUGGCCGGCGGCGGCGCGCGCGCCCGCGGCCGGAGGGAUGCGGACGAGGUGCGCUGUUGGAGAUACGCGAGUGCCUCCGAGGAUGAGGACUUCUUCAAUAUCGAAUUGGCGGCUAAAGAUAAGUUAGGUACGUGUAAGAAAACAAUUCAAUUGCAUCUCACGGAUAAGGAACCGGUUUAUGUAAGGGCACGCCCCGUUCCCCUCGCGCUGCGCGGCCGCGUCGAGAACGAGCUCGAGCGCCUCGAGCGCGAAGGUUAUACCUACCGCGUGGACCACUCGGAGUACGGAACUCCGAUCGUCCCCGUGGUGAAGGAAUGCGGCGAAAUACGUAUUUGCGGGGACUAUAAAAUUACGAUAAACCCGAAAUUAAAACGUGAUUAUUACCCUUUGCCUCGUAUAGAGGAAUUGUUUGCAGCAUUGAGUGGGGGGGAUAAGGUGCUGGCACACUACGAAGAGGGCCGGCCGUUGGUGUUGUCGGUGGAUAGCAGCGCGUACGGGCUGGGCGCCGUUCUCGCGCACCGCUACCCGGACGGCAGCGAGCGCCCCGUGAGCUGUGUGUCGCGCACGCUUAAUAGUGCAGAAAUUAAUUAUAGCCAACUUGAUAAAGAAGCGGAUAUAGAAAAUUUGUGUCGGAAUUGCGAAGCGUGUCGCAUGGUUCGAGACGCACCCCCGCGGGCUACUUUGCAUCCGUGGGAAUUUCCUCUUCAUCCGUGGCAACGCUUACAUGCGGACUUCGCUGAAUGUGCAGGAAAAAAAUAUUUAAUAUUAAUCGACGCGCACUCCAAGUGGCUGGAAGUUCAUAUAUCAACGGCACCAUACAGACCUCAAGGUAACGGUGCGGCUGAGAAUGCCUAUCGAAACUGUGAAAAUGCUACUACGGGAGUUUCUCCGGCCGUCGCGUUGUUAGGACGUCGCUUACGAGGACGUCUGGACGCGUUACGCCCGAACGUGUCAAAGGUCGUGGAGUCGGUGCAAGAUAGGCAGGUUGCUAAUAAAAUGGGGUCAACACGUCAAAUUAAAGUAGGUGAUGACGUUAUGGUACGCGAUUAUACUAAGAACGGAACUAAGUGGACAGGGGGAACUGUAACAGGUCAAUCGGGUCCAGUGUCGUAUAAAGUAGACGUGGGAGAUGGAGUAACGUGGCGUAGACAUCACGAUCAAGUGAUUAACCUAAAUAAAAAAGAUCGGUUUUCUUUAUCGCGGACUAAUCAGCACGGCUCGGUAAUUAACAAAGGGAAAAAUGAGAUCGAAAAUGUUAACGGGUCGGGGUCGGCUGAUAGUGAGGCUGAGGAGGAGAGGUUUGAGGACGCGGCAGGGGAAGCCGAGGACAGUGGCCCGGAGACACGUUCAUUGUCACCUGGACCGCGUCCCCCGACGCCUCCCCCUCCGAAUGCUACUGCUAGAGAUUUGCGCGCUUAUAACCGCAGAAUAAAAAAACAUUGUUAA